AAAUCGAUGAGCUUUGCAUCUGAAGCAUCUGAGGAAGUUCCACCACUGGAUUUAAACGAACUCCUUGCGUAUUUUCUAAAGCAAUCUGGACCAUUGUUUGACCAACUUGGUAUAAAAAGAGAUGUGUGUGACAAGCUGGUGGAGUCUCUAUGCAGCAAGCGCAAGGACCACUUUGCAUGUGAUCCGUUGUCAACUAGUGAAUCAUCUUCCUUCAGAAAUGACAAUACUUGUGAUGAACUUGAUCUAAGAAUAGCUAGCGUCCUUCAGAGUACAGGGCAUCAUUAUGAAGGUGGGUUUUGGGAUGAUGGGCAAAAAUAUGAUGUAGCUGACAAGAGACAUGUUGCCAUUGUCACUACCGCCAGUCUUCCCUGGAUGACGGGAACAGCUGUAAAUCCUUUGUUUCGAGCUGCAUACUUGGCUAAAUCUUCCAAGCAAUAUGUAACCUUGAUGGUGCCCUGGCUUUGCAAGUCAGACCAAGAGCUCGUCUAUCCGAAUAACAUGACUUUUAGUUCUCCAGAAGACCAAGAAACUUAUAUAAGGAAUUGGCUGGAGGAAAGAGUUGGAUUUAAAACCGACUUCAGAAUAUCAUUCUAUCCUGGAAAGUUUCAGAAAGAAAGGAGAAGUAUAAUUCCUGCUGGGGACACUUCACAAUUUAUACCAUCAAAGGAAGCUGACAUUGCAAUUCUGGAAGAGCCUGAGCACCUGAACUGGUACCAUCAUGGAAAGCGUUGGACUGAUAAAUUUAAUCAUGUCGUCGGUGUUGUGCAUACAAAUUACUUGGAGUAUAUCAAGAGAGAGAAGAAUGGUGCUAUUCAAGCUUUUUUUGUCAAGCACAUUAACAACCUUGUUGCCAGAGCUUAUUGCCAUAAGGUUUUGCGACUAUCUGGGGCUACUCAAGAUCUAGCCAGAUCCAUGAUCUGCAAUGUACAUGGUGUUAAUCCCAAGUUUCUGGAGGUUGGGGAGAGAAUAGCAGCAGAGAGGGAAUCUGGCGAGCAGUCCAUGUCCAAAGGAGCUUAUUUUCUGGGGAAGAUGGUCUGGGCCAAAGGCUACAGAGAACUGAUAGAUUUGCUUGCGAAGCACAAGACGGAUUUGGACGGUUUCAAACUGGACGUCUAUGGAAACGGUGAAGAUUCAGUAGAAGUGCAAUCAGCUGCCAAGAAGCUGGAUUUAAAUCUUAACUUCCAUAAAGGCCGAGAUCAUGCAGACGAUUCUCUUCAUGGGUACAAGGUUUUUGUAAACCCGAGCAUUAGUGAUGUCCUCUGCACCGCCACUGCUGAGGCACUAGCCAUGGGCAAGUUUGUGGUCUGUGCGGAUCACCCAUCCAAUGAUUUCUUCAGAUCAUUCCCAAACUGCCUGACGUACACGACGUCAGAGGAUUUUGUUGCCAAAGUGAAGGAAGCAAUGACCCGCGAUCCCCAGCCCCUCACACCUGAGCAGCGGUACAACCUUUCGUGGGAGGCUGCGACCCAGAGGUUCAUGGAGCACUCAGAACUGGACAAGGUCCUGAGCAGCAAUGGUGAUUCUGCCAGCACCUCUGGAAGCAGCGUCGAUAGGAGGAUGAAGAAAUCAGCCUCAUUGCCAAACAUGUCGGACAUCGUGGAUGGCGGCCUAGCAUUUGCCCACUACUGCUUCACGGGCAGCGAGCUCCUCCGGCUGUCGACUGGGGCGGUGCCCGGGACCCUGAACUACAAUAAGCAACAUAGCGUGGACAUGCACCUGCUGCCCCCUCAGGUACAGAAUCCUGUAUAUGGCUGGUAAGACAGAACCACUGCUGUUAGUAGUACAUAGAUAGGUCUGUAAUUUGUGACACUAAUUCUUUUUCCUCCUCUCCUCAAUGCCAACGGCAAAGCCUUGUUCAUUAUUAUCAAUAUGAACUACAGACUACUUGUAGCACUAGAUAAGAGUUGUGUAUUCGAUCCCUUGAGUUUUGAUGGCCAUUUUUCA